AGUAGUAUACAUUCACAUCACUGAGCCUCCAUGAUGGCAGCCUGUACGAGUGAAGGUCACUACCUGUAAUGUAGCACGUCUGUGUACAACUAGUGUGUCUGAAGAGAUCUUGCAUGACAGCACUCCUCCUGUCACAGGUAUGUUUGCUGUUAAGACUGACCAUGCAGCUAAUCUCAGACGCCAUCUUGAUGGCUGGAUGGUUUGGUCCAGCCAGCAACUCCGGCUAGCAUGGCUUGGCUUCCUUGAUGUCCACUCAGGACUUGACCAUUACAUCAUCAGCGUCGGGUCCACCCCUUUUGCAAAUGACCUGAAUCUUGAGAACACUGUCAUCAAAGUGUUUCACAAUGGGUCUGGAACUCAGUAUGAGAACGAGGGCUUUGUACAGGUGUAUGAGGUAUCCACAAAACCAUUAACUGCUGCACUGAAGAUUUUUAUUGCCAUAUGGGCUGUGAACAAGGUUGGCCUACAGAGUCACCCUGCCCUGUCUGAGUUUGAGCUAGAAGAAGGUGGCGGUAUGUCCCUUGUUCGUCGUUGCACCCCCUUCAACUGUCUUGCUCAAUGCUUUUGUGCUGUGCAAGGGGCCACAUGCAAUGCAUCAUCCUGUGCCCCGCUUCCUGAAGAAAGUAAUCCUAACUCACUGCUGACUGUGUAUGAUCAUGCUGAUCUGACCACACUCAUAUCUCCAAGGACUUCAUCAUCAUCAUCAUCAUCAGAAGACUACACACCCAGCAGUUCUUACCUAGCAGCUUCUUGGAAUGUAACUGUAUCACGAGGACUAAAACCAAACAGAUAUGAAGUAUCAGCUGGCAGAAGUGAUCAGGCAACACCUGCAGGUGUGUUUCGUGUCGCACUUGAUCGCAUAUGGAUGGAUGUGGGCUUGGCACCAUACUCUCUCCUCACCAUUCCAUCGGGCAGCCCACUCAUUCCAAAACUAAAAUAUUCAACAUUUGUGAGAGCUUGGUAUCCAAAUGGAAACUUUGCACUGUUUAAAUCUAAGGGCAUUAUUCCUGUUCCUAGUCGUCCAAGUAUCAUCAACUUAUUGGGCAGAGGGGUCAAAGAACAUGCUCAAGCGGGGCAGGACAAGGAUGUAGACUAUGUGACAAGAUCUGAUUCACUUCACACAUCCUGGAGAGGAACCUUCCUCAACACUACAGCACCACUUCAGAGUUUUCAAGUAUAUGUUGGGACUUCUGUUGAGGGAAAUGAUGUGCACAGUUCAGGACCCUUGUCAGGUAACACAGAGUCUUACUAUGCUACUGGUCUGUCACUGAGAGAAGAUACUUUAUACUACACCACAGUGGUUGCAGUGGGUAGCAGUGGUUUGAUGUCUUGGGAUGUUUCUGAUGGCUUCAUGCUGGAUCUUCAGCCACCUGUUGCUGGCCUUGUGUUAGAUGGAGAUGGUCUGCAUGAUGCAGACUACCAGUUGUAUGACCAGUUGAUCAGCGCAAAGUGGUUUGGCUUUACUGAUUCUGGUUCUGGCAUUCGGCGAUUCUAUUGGUGCGUUGGCACAACCAAUGACUCUGACACAUGUAAUGUCAUGCAGUGGACAGAUGUUGGCUUGAAAACAAAGGGCAGCUUUACACCUUCAUCUCCUUUAAACCAGGGCACAAUAUUUUACAGCAAAGUCUAUGCUGUUGAUGCAGUGGGACACAGGUCAAGUGUCAGUGUGUCAGAUGGGGUGAAGGUUGAUAUAACACCCCCACGUGCUCUUGACAUAAUUUAUACAGACAACAUUAACCAUGUAAACAACCCUUCCUUUGAAGAUGAUGUCACGUCUAACACAGGACAGAUCGUGUGUGACAGCAAGCCUCCAUCUUCUUGGAAGAUUGGACCAGGAUCCUGCAUAAUCCUUCAGCAUCCUCGGCAUGCAAUCUCUGCAGACGGCACACAGCAUGUGUUGCUGUCUGGUGCUGUCAUGCAGAGUGUGUCUGGCCUUACUUCAGGAUUGGUUUACCGGCUGACAGUCAGACUUGCUCACCCAGAAACCCUCAGGGACCACCACAAACCAGUCCAAGGUUAUGUGCAGAUCGGAACCCAGCAACACACGUUCACACUUGAUCCUGCCAUGUGCCGGGGUGUGUGUGAUACUGAGAAAGAGCCAGUUAUCAUGUGGCACAGUUUCACGUAUGUGGUGACCGCACACAACUCCACACUGACUUUGGUCAUCAGCACGACAUCCUCCUCCACAGACCAGCAGCUAGCACUGGACUAUGUUGUCCUUGAGACCAUCCACUAUGUCCAGCAGACAGAGACUUCCAGAAAUGUCACUAGUGAGUCUCAUCUCUCUGCCAGUGCCGUGUUCCUGCCACACUGGUCAAUGGUGCAGUCAUCCUGGCAUUUCUUAGACAAUGACUCUCCCAUUACAGACUACAAGUGGGCGCUAGGGACAGUGGCAGGUGGGGUUCAGAUCCAGGGGUUCAAGGGUGUAGGACAGCGACAACAUGGUUCUGCUCUGGGACUUACACUCCAUCAUGGCACACCACUCUAUGUGACGGUGGUAGCAUCCAAUGCUGCAGGACUAACAACAGUGGCAUACUCUAGCCCUCUUCUGGUUGACAUGACCCCACCAAUUAUAACAGAUCUUAUUGAUGGAACACAGGAAGAUGUGGACUUUCAAACAGGUUUUUUCAUAGGAGCAUCAUGGAGAGCCACAGACUACGAGUCAUCUGUAGCUUACUGUCAGUGGGCUAUUGGCUUUGAAGCAGGGUCAGGUGAAAUUUCACCUUUCCAGAGAGCUCCUCAACCAACGUCCAAUACAUACACUAUCACAGCUGAUGUUGGUUUCUCUCUCAAAGACUUGAAGCUGCCCCAGACUCUCUAUGUCUCUGUUCGCUGCUACAAUAAAGCAGGCUUACCAGGGUUUGGUCAUACUGAUGGACUCACCAUUACACCUGAUAAUGAGGAGGCUAAGCUUGGAGGACUGCGUUUCCUUGGUGAUAGCAUCACUGUGUAUCCAGUGCGUGAAGCUUGUCAGGUGAUGCAAAACCGCUUACGCAUGAGUUGGCAAAACUUUGCCUCUCUGAAUCCACUGGCUGGCUUUCAGAUUGACCAUUAUUCCAACAUCGACCAAGACUCGUAUCAGACAAAGAACCUUCCUUACCUACUGGAGGCUACAAGAAUCUCAGGACUUGCGCUCACAAACAAUACCAUGCAUACAUGGAGUGUAUCACCUGUGGAUGCCUUUGGUUCUGUUGGCAAAGCUGUCAACAAGUCUGUUCAUGUGUCGAUGAAUGCACCUACAGUGAAAGCAAGUGGACAAGCAGAAUUCAACAGGAAUGGAACCCACCUGACUCUUUCUUGGAGAAACCUUUUCACUUCUGAUUGGCCAGAUCAUGACCUCACCUUUGAAGUCUCUGUUGGUUCAGUUAAGGGUGGUACUGACAUACUCCACUGGCAUAAAACCACUGACUCAAGUGUUAUUGUCUCUUUUGUGUCCAAAGUUACAUCCUUCUCCCUUUACUACAUUGUAACUGCUAUUGAUCCUUGUGGUUAUCACCUAGCCAGCACAGGUUCUGUGAAAAUAAAUUAAAUGCGUGUGAUCCUUCUUUUCUUUUGCAAGUAUUUAUUAUCAUCUUUCAAACUAUGUGCUAAGGCAGCAGAUUUCCCUUGACACCUACAGUUUGUAAUGGAAACUAUGUAGAUCAAACUCUUUACUUUAUAAAGCAUUGACAUUGAAUAGCAGACUCCCAGACUGUUCUCGAUCAUGACAGUAUAAUGACCACACAUGAUGGUUUCUUCAUGGGACAUAACUAUCUAUUUUUAUGAAUGAACCACCAAUACUAACCACUUUCCUCCCUCCACCAUUAUGUGGUCUCUAAGCAAAACCUAAAGAGAAAAUGAAACCUGGUUGUUGAAUAUCACAUUUUUGGGGUUUGUAAUAAUUUUGUAUUUGUAAAGAUAUAGAAGCACUAUGUAGAGGCUGUACUAUGCUAAAGAUUUUACUGAAUCUUGUAAAGCAAUUGACAAUGACAAGAAUUCUGAUACAAGACUGUCCAUUCUUUAUCGUAAAUUUGAGCCCAUCAUUUUGCUGUUGAUGUAUAUAAUCUUUAUUCUUACAUUAAUUACCUAAUAAUAAACGUUAUUGAGAGGCA